CUCCAGGUCUCCCGUCUAGCCUCCACGGCCCCAACUCCAUGCCGGGGAUGAAAUUUAGCGACAAGAAGGAAGCAGUUGACGCGGCGUCAAUGGACUGAGACUAAGCCAAGAGCCGGGCCCUCCCUCUAGGUUCUGGGCCAACAAGAUGCAGGAGCGAGAGGCGGAGUCCGCGGCCGGGGGCGCCGAUCCGAGUCCCACUGGCAAGGAACCGGUGACCAAGGCAGGAGCUCCCCACCAGGCCCCGCCGCAGAAGCCCAGCCAGCCGGUUCCAGGGCCCGCCGCGUCCCCGGGGGCGCCUUCCCGACCCCGCCGGCGGCCCCCGCCCCAGCGCCCGCACCGCUGCCCCGACUGUGACAAGGCCUUUUCGUACCCGUCCAAGCUGGCCACACACCGGUUGGCACACGGCGGCGCCCGCCCCCACCCAUGCCCCGACUGCCCCAAGGCCUUCUCCUACCCCUCCAAGCUGGCCGCCCACCGCCUCACGCACAGCGGCGCCCGUCCGCACCCUUGCCCGCACUGCCCAAAGGCCUUCGGCCACCGCUCCAAGCUGGCGGCCCACCUCUGGACCCACGCGCCCGCCCGCCCCUACCCGUGCCCCGACUGCCCCAAGUCCUUCUGCUACCCCUCCAAGCUGGCGGCCCACCGCCACACGCACCACGCCACUGACGCCCGCCCCUACCCUUGCCCACACUGCCCCAAGGCUUUUUCAUUCCCUUCCAAACUGGCCGCCCAUCGCCUAUGUCACGACCCCCCCACGGCGCCGGGCAGCCAGCCCACGGCCCGGCAUCACUGCUCCAGCUGCGGCCAGGCCUUUGGCCAGAGACGCCUCCUGCUCCUUCAUCAGCGCAGCCACCACCAGGCUGAGGGCCAGGGGGAGCGGGAGUGAGCCCUCCCUGGGCUCACUGGCCCCUCUGCCGCCAGCCCGGGUCAAUAGAGGUGGCGUUUCUAAGCCAGCCUGUAUGGACUUACCUCUCCCAGACAGCUGGCAGGGAGGCUGGCCCCUCAUCCUGGGCUCAAACUUAGAAGGUGGAGGAACUCUUUGCCCGCCUGUUUUGGGGAAGGGAAAGCAUCACCCACAGAGAGUUGGCGCUGUGCCCCAAACCAUGGACCUGGAGGUGUGCUUUGAGAGCCCUGGCUCUGGUUUUCCCCUAUUCAUGUGGCAAAGGUAAAAGGUCAGCUGCAUCGUGGGCUGGUGAGGAGGGUGGGGAACAGGCUCUCUCCACGUUGUUGUUGUGAGUUGAAAUUAGUGGCUCCGCUUUGCCCAUUUGACUGUAUCGAUAAAAAAUUGAAAAUGCACACAUGCUCAUGUCAACUAUUCCACUUCCGGGAAUUCAUCCUGUAGAUAAACUCAAGUGUGUGAAACAGGCACAAGAGUAGGGCUGCUCAUUGCAGCGUGAGGGUUGGGGCCAACGAUGAGAAACAACCCCGGUGCCCAUUCACAGGGGACACAGCCACAGAAUGGAGUAUGCAGCUGUACGAAAAACGGCAGCUGUGUGUGACUGAUGCAGCAAGACUCACAAGAUAUACUAGAUGAUAAAAGCAAGCACAAAGGCUGUACUACUGAUAGUGUAAAAACAUUUUAAAGCCCAAGCUUUGGAGCCAGCCCUGUCACUCCUCUGGACUCAGAGGCCUGAUCUGUAAAAUGGGAGCGUUAGAAGGCUUCUGUAACAGCAUAAACACCAUCUCGGGCAAAGUCAGUUCCCCUCUUGGAGCCUGUUUCUCAAGUUAUAAAAUAAGGAUGAUCAAGCUAACCUUGGACUGCUGAUCAUUGUACAGAUACGUAUUAAGCACCUACUGUGUGCUGGGCCCUGCACAGGGCAUCAGGAACACAGCAGUCAACAAGACAGACCUGGUCUAGUGAAGG